AUGGAUCCCUUUAUAAAAGAAAAGCAGUAUCCUGUCCUUCGAACACAAACUUUUUAUAGCGAGGAACAUUCCAAAUGGAUAACAAUUUUAACAAAGUCUUCUCAGAAAUGGGUAAUACCGUUGACAUAUACAACGCCGCCGUAUAAUGAUUUUAAGAAAACUGUGCCUUUGCAUUAUCUAGAAGAAUUUAACCGCAUAGAACUUAGUGAUUCAGAAAAGAAGUGGAUAAUAUUUAAUUUGCAACAGACUGGAUAUUAUCGUGUAAAUUAUAAUUUUGACGAUUGGAUAAAGAUUGAAAAUUAUCUCAAUUCCGAUGAUAAUUAUAAGGAAAUUCAUGUUCUUAACCGUGCUCAGAUUAUCGAUGAUGCAUUUUACUUUGUAACAUCAGGCAAGCUCCAUUCAUCUGUACUAUGGAAACUUACGAAAUAUUUACAGAAAGACAACAAAUAUGUGGCAUGGUAUCCUAUAUUUAAAAUUAUUGAACGCUUGUCAUUCAUCAUACCAUAUCAUAGUCAAAUUACUUAUUUCAAGGAAACAAUACUCGAACUGUUGACUGCACUACUUUACAAAAUUGGAUACAUGGAAAAUGAUAACGACGACCCUCAUAUUAAAUGUUUAAGACAAGAAGCUGCCAAAUGGGCAUGCGUUCUUGGUGAUAGGAUAUGCAAGAAAAAAGCAUUAUUUAAUUUGAAACGGCAUUUAGCAAAUCAGACACAUAAUAAGCUUUUACCAUGGUGGAAGAAAUGGACAUAUUGUAAUGGUUUAUCAGUAUCUCACAUUCCUUUUGACAACGUAUUUAAUAACUUGGACGAAAUGCUAGAAACCGAAAAUCCAGAAACAAUGGAAACCCUGGCUUGCUCUAAUAAUUUUUCUGAUUUGUUUUCCAUUUUCUUCCAACUGCAAAUGAAACAAACAUGGAAAUGACAAUUUAUUUGCUUGCCUAUUAGAGAACUGGUAUCAAAUCAAACCAAAAGAAAUUGGCAUAACUGCAUCAUUAGUUAUUAUGAUAAAUAGUGCCUACUCUACGUCUGUUGUUAAACAGGUAAAUUUUUGUUUGCGUCAUAUUAUUAAUUUCUU